CGGGAUAAUUAAAGUGACUAGCCAAUCAUAAUGCUGCAAAACAUCUGUAGAAGAACAUUCCUCUUAGCAGUACGCCAGCGGCAAACAAAACAUUUUGCAACUGUUGCUACAACUCACAUAGCUGACGAUAAAAAACAACAUAGCACUGAUGAAAAUGCAAAUGAAUUAACACGCCAACAAUGGGAUGAAUUUACCAAAGAGUUUAUGGAAAAUCGCAUUGAAAUGACACCAUUUCAAAAAGUACUUUUAGCAGCUGGUUCAUCAAUUGCUGCCCUAGUAGAUCCAAGAAGACACGAUAUGAUUGCUUGUCUGGGUGAGACAACCGGUGAGCAAGCUUUACAAAAUAUUUUACAAACAAUGAAUUCGUGUGAGGAAGGUCAGCGCAUAUUACGUACUAAACCACGUAUUAACACACGUACUGUCGAUAUCGAAAGAUUACGUCAAUUACCUGAGAACACUUUCGGACGUGCUUAUGUUAAAUUUUUAGAUGAUAAUCAAGUUACUCCAGAUUCUCGCAUGGAAGUGCGUUUUAUGGAUGAUCCCGAAUUGGCUUACAUUAUGACUAGAUAUCGUGAGUGUCAUGAUUUGGUUCAUACCAUACUCGAUAUGCCCACAAAUAUGUUGGGCGAAGUGGCUGUUAAAUGGUUUGAAGCUUUAAAUAACGGUUUGCCAAUGUGUUAUGGUGGCGCGAUUUUUGGAGCCAUGCGCUUAAGACCAAAACAACGUAAACAGUAUUUAAACGAAUAUUUGCCUUGGGCAAUUAAAAAUGGUAAAAAUGCGAAACCCUUAAUGUCUGUUUACUGGGAGGAACGCUGGGAACAAGAUAUAGAUGAAAUCAGAAAAGAGCUACAAAUUAUCAAACUUAAAUAAAUAAAUUUAUAACGGUUUGUUUCAUUCAU